AUGGCAAGAGCCAUGAUUCACGACAACAAUGUGGCACCAAGGUUCUGGGCUAAAGCUAUAAACACUGCUUGUUACAUCAUCAAUCAUGUUUAUGUGAAGCCAAACACUAACACUACUCCUUAUGAAAUUUGGAAAAGGAAAACUCCAAACCUGUGCUACUUCCACACAUUUGGGUGUAUGUGUUACAUUAUGAAUGAUAAAGAUCACCUAGGUAAGUUUGAUGCUAGAAGUGAUGAAGGAUUUUUUCUGGGAUAUGCUACAAACAGUAUGGCCUAUAAAGUAUACAACAAAUGUCUAAAGAGAGUUAAAAAAUCUGUCAAUGUGGUGUUCGGUGAUAGAACCCCUACUCAGGAGUUCCCUGUUGCUCAAGAUGAUGAAGAACCGUUAACUCUUGAUCAAGAAAAGACAGAAAAUGUUCAAGAAGAAGAAAGAAAAGUUACUCAAGGAUCAGCUGCAGAUACAAGGGUAGCACCCUUGCAGAUUCCUAAAAUCACUCAGAAUCAGAUGCCUCCUCAAGUAAAUGUUGUUGGUACUAAGUGGAUCUUCAAGAACAAUAUUGAUGAGGAUGGGAAUGUUACUCGAAAUCAAGCAAGGCUGGCCGCUCAAGGUUAUUCUCAGGUUGAAGGAGUUGAUUUUGAUGAAACCUUUGCUCCUGUAGCACGUCUUGAAAGAAUCCAUUCGUCUACUUCUUGGCAUGGCAUGUCUUCUAAACAUCAAGAUGUUCCAUAUGGAUGUGAAAAGUGUGUUUCUAAAUGCACUAAUCUGAAACUUGUGAAGACGUUUGUCAAAGAAAUGACCAAGGAAUUUGAGAUGAGCAUGGUUGGCGAGAUAAUCUACUUUCUGGGAUUACAAAUCAAACAGAGUGAUCAUGGGAUUCACAUUUCACAAUCAACAUAUGCAAAGAGCUUAAUUCAGAGAUUUGGAAUGCAAAUAAGCAAGUCAGCCAGAACCCCCAUGAUUUCAACAACCAAGCUAUCGAAGAACACCACUGGUCAAAAGGUUGAUGAAAAACUCUACAGAGCUAUGAUUGGCAGUUUACUAUAUCUCACUGCCACUCGACCAGAUUUGUGCUUCAGUGUUGGUGUGUGUGCACGAUACCAAGCUGAUCCAAGGAUGUACCACCUAAACGAUGUCAAGAGGAUCAUCAAAUACGUCAAAAGAACAAUUGAUCGAGGUCUGUAUUACCCUAAGCAAACUACUCAAAAUCUUGCAGGUUUUUGUGACUCCGAUUGGGCAGGCAAUCUUGAUGACAGACGGAGUACAUCUGGAGGAUGCUUCUUUCUUGGGAACAAUCUUAUUGCUUGGCACAGCAAGAAGCAAAGUUGUGUGACUAUGUCUACUACAGAGGCUGAAUACAUUGCCAUGGGGAGCUGCUGCACCCAGCUCAUGUGGAUGAAACAAAUGUUGUAUGAUUAA